GUUCAUGGUAUGCAUCCGUCCUCCUUCGAAACUGACGAGACCCAAGAAACGUGCUGAUUAAGUAUUGGUGCUGGGCGCAGCGGGGUCUGACCUGGGCAAUUCUACUAGGCGAGAGAGGUCUGAGAGAGGGCCUAAUUCUGAUUGGAAUUGCGCAUUGCAUUGCCAUGGUAUGUACACUCUCUCACUUCCAGGGACGCAAUGUCAUGCAGUGCAGGAUUGACGGACACAGGUUCUUGUCUGGACAGGAUUUGCAGGCGGUGGUGGCGAAUACUGCGUCAUCCUCGAGGCGAUCAACUCCAUACUGCAGAUUGUCGUGCACACAAAGCUUCACUGCGGCAUGUAAUAACUUCGAGUCGGCAAUCGCAGUGGCAAUUGUCACAUUUGGCUUGGAUAGUGAGGCGCCAGCUGCUACCGUUGGGCCACUGGUUGAGGUGCCGGUGUUGUUGGAAAUGGUGUAUGCAGUUCGGUGGUAUGCCAGGAAGCGGAGGUGGGAAGCGUAAAUCAUAAACUUUUCUUGUCCUUCAACUUGAUAGAAUACACCCUAGAGCUAUCCG